CUGAAGAGCCAACGCUUCUUUCACCAUGCUGACUCCAGCCUUUGAGCUGAGCCAGGAGCCAGACUUCCUUACCCUGGUGAUCCGCGUGCCUUACACCAGAACCUCUGAGUUUGACCUGUACAUCGAUGGAGACGACUUCAAGUUCUACGCCAAGCCGUACUUUCUAAGGUUGACUUUACCUGGAAGAAUAGUGGAGGAUGGAAGAGAAAAAGGAUCAUUUGAUAUCGAUAAAGGUGUGUUCACGCUGCGGGUGCCCAAGGAAAGCCCUGGCCAGCACUUUAAGGGUCUGCAGAUGCUGACGAGCCUGCUGGCGCCCCGCGGGGCCCGGUCUGCCAAGCCCCUGGUGGAGGAGCUGGACCUGGGGCCGUGUGAGGGGGCCACAGGUGCUGAGCUGGGCACGGAAGGAGGAGGAGGAGGAGAUGAAGAGCAGGGUGAUGAGGAAGACGAGGAGGAAGAGGAGUUUGAUUGGCAGGUGGAGCAGACGGCCUACUGUGAGCAGCCAGAGGAGGAGCUGCAGCGACUGCAGAAGUACGGCUUUGGAAACCUGCGCUCUGGCGUCUUCACCAGGCUACAGGAGGAGCUGAGUGAUGUGAUUGACGUGAAGGACCCAGACGGCACCUCUCCAGCGGCCAGGAGAAGAGCACGGCUGGAGGCAGAACGCAACAAGUUUGACGCCGACCAUUAUCUCGCUGACCUGUUUGAAGACGAGGUGAUCCAAAGCCUGCUAAGGUUCCGGCCGUGGUGGAGAGCAGUGAGCUCCAGCUCAGGAUGCAGCUCAGACCAGAACCAGGCAAAGGAAGAGAGAGAGAGAAUGGUGGUGUUUUCGGAGGAGGAGAAGGACCAGAUGAGGAGGUUCUCCAACCGCGGCUACCUGCUGGAUAAGGCGUCCAGGCGGCAGGUGUGGCUGGGGCUCCUGGACAUCCUGCUGGCCUACGCCUACGAGAUCCGGGUCACAGAGGGAGAGCACAGCGUGGAGUCUCCAUGGAACAUCAGGAAACUCAGCGGGACUCUGUGCUGGCUAGAGACGUACCAGAGUGUGCAGGAGGUGCUGGUGUCGUUUGGCAGGAGGGUGCUGUGCUACCCGCUGCACCGCCACUUUGGACUCGCUACCGCCGCCCUGCAGGAUGCAGUACACAUCCUCCAGGCCGGCAAGGCAUGUGUCCUGAAGUGCCUGUUGGAUAUCCACAAGAUCUUCCGAGAGAACGACCCCGCCUACAUCCUCAAUGACCUUUACAUCACGGACUAUUGCGUUUGGAUCCAGAGAGUCAAGUCCAAGCAUGUGUCUGCCCUGUUGGAGCCGCUCCAGAAAGCCACGCUGAGGAAGAGCGACCUGGAGCUGGAGCUGGACGAGCUGGAGGCGGCGGCAGCGCUGGUGGAGGGCGAGGAAGAGGAGGAUGAGGACGAGGGCGACGAAGAGGAGGAUGAGGAUGGUUCAUCGAGCGAAGAAGAAGAGGAGGAGGAGGAGGAAGAAGAGUCGGACAGCAGCGACGACAGCAGCAGUAGCAGUAGCAGCUCGUCAGAGGACGAGGACAGUGACGAUUGUGUGAGCGAACAACUGAGCGCUGCUUGUGUGAUUGUGAAUCAACCACUAAAACAUCAUCAACGUAUGGGGAAAAACAACAACAUCAUCAACAGCAGCAGCAGCCCUUCCCAGCAGCCCUCUCCUCUGUAUGCAUCCACGGAGAACCAAGCCCCGACCCUGACCCCUGCCCCCUCUAUCCCCCUUGUCGUUUUUGCCCCGUCCUCCUCCCCACUCUCUUCCCUUGCUGGAGGAGGAGGAGGAGGAGGAGGGACGGAGAGCCAGCGCUCUGGGCGCCUGCUCAUCGAGGAGUUGGGAGAGCAGCUGGAGGAGGGGCUAAGGAUCACAGGAGCAGCAGCGCAGCCCGAGGAAGCACCUCCCACCUCCUCCACCACCACCAGCGCGAGGAGCACGGAGCCUGAGUGCAAGAGACAGCCAGAGGGAGAGGGAGAGGGGGAGGGGAAACAAAAUGAGGAAAAAGGGAGGAGUGAGCCGGCAGCGCACACACACUCGUCGAGCGCGGUCAGGAGCGAGCGGACGCUUCUGGCAUCUGGUCCGCACAGGAACCCUUUGCUGCUCGUGGUCGACACGGCCAAGGACCAGGAGGACAUCUUGGACAGUGAUGACCAGGAGGAGCCCGAUGACUGAUUAGUGUUUACGUGAUCCCUGAUGAAAUAUGGUGAUUUAACACAGCAGAAGGUUUGUGGGACUUGUGCACAGCCUGAUUUGUCUGCUCAUCUGUUACGAGACUAGUACGUUUACUGUACCUCCAUGUAUCUACUCUGCAGGAUCACAUUAUGUAGCCCCUAAGGCUUAAUUGAGAGCCCGCUAACGUUUGUUGUUGUAAGUAACAUAUUUGCUUUAAUCAAGGUGCAUCGGUACAUCAUGUAGGCCUGUUGUUUGUUAUUUCUUACCAACUUUUUGUAUUAAACAUUUAAAAAGGAGA